AUGGUUUUAAAAUCAACAUCAGCUGGGAACGUUUCUAUAUAUCAAGUAUCUGGUACCAAUGUAUCUAGAUCUUUGCCAGAUUGGAUAGCCAAAAAGAGAAAGCGUGCAUUAAAACAAGAUUUGGAAUAUCAAAAUAGAAUUGAAUUAAUUCAAGAUUUUGAAUUUAGUGAAGCAUCAAAUAAGAUCAAAGUUACACCAGAUGGACAAUUUUGUAUGGCUACAGGUACUUAUAAACCACAAAUCCAUGUUUAUGAUUUUGAAAAUUUAUCAUUAAAAUUUGAACGUCAUACAGAUUGUGAAAAUGUUGAUUUUUUAAUAUUAAGUAAAGAUUGGACUAAAAGUGUACAUUUACAAAAUGAUAGAAGCAUUGAAUUUCAAACUAAAGGAGGAAUUCAUUAUCGAUCUAGAAUACCUAAAUUUGGUAGAUCAUUAAGUUAUAAUGAAGUUAAUUGUGAUUUAAUGAUUGGAGCAUCAGGAAAUGAAUUAUAUCGAUUGAAUUUAGAACAAGGAAGAUUUUUAAAUCCUUUUAAAUUAGAAACUGAAUUAGGUUGUAAUUCAGUUGACAUUAAUAAUGUUCAUGGAUUAGUAUCUGCUGGAUUGGAAGAUGGUACUGUUGAAUUUUGGGAUCCUAGAUCUAAACAAAGAGCAGGGAAAUUAUUUAUAAAUGAACAAUUGGGUGAAAAUUUAGAAGUUUCAAAUGUUUCUUUUAGAAAUGAUGGAUUAAAUUUUGCUUGUGGUACAUCUAAUGGUAAAACUUUAUUAUAUGAUUUACGUACUUCAAUUCCAUCACAAGUUAAAGAUCAAGGUUAUGGAUAUGAAAUUAAAAAAAUAUUAUGGUUACAAGAUUCAUUACAUUCAAAUAUGAUUUUAACUAGUGAUAAAAGAAUUGCUAAAAUAUGGGAUAAAGAUAGUGGUAAACCAUUUGCUUCAAUGGAACCAACUGUUGAUAUUAAUGAUAUUGUUCAAGUUCCAAAUUCAGGAAUGUUUUUCAUGGCAAAUGAAGGUAUUCCAAUGCAUACUUAUUAUAUACCAAAUUUGGGUCCAGCACCAUCAUGGUGUUCAUUCUUGGAUAAUGUUACUGAAGAAUUGGAAGAAAAACCAAAUGAUUCCAUUUAUUCUAAUUAUAGAUUUAUUACUCGUGAUGAAGUUACUAAAUUAAAUUUGACUCAUUUGAUUGGUUCAAAAGUUUUACGUUCUUAUAUGCAUGGUUUUUUCAUUGAUGUUGAAUUAUAUGAUAAAGUCAAUUUAAUUGCAAAUCCAAAUUCAUUACGUGAUCAAAGAGAAAGAGAAAUUAGAAAGAAGAUUGAACAAGAAAGAGAAUCAAGAAUUAGAUCAAGUGGAAGUAUUAAGAAUACUAAGAUUAAAGUUAAUAAAGAUUUGGCUAACAGAUUACAAGAAAGAGUUGGAGGUGAUGUUGCUGAAAGUGUUAUUAAUGAUGAUAGAUUCAAAGAAAUGUUUGAAAAUCCUGAUUUCCAAGUUGAUGAAGAAUCUCAUGAAUAUAAACAAUUGAAUCCUGUUAAAUCAGCUACUAAAGAUAUAACAUCUACUAAAGAAAGAGGAUUAACCGCUGCUGAAGAAUCCGAUGAAGAAAGAAUGAACAUGAAUGGUCAUAAUGAACUUGAUGAUGAUGAUGAUGAAGAUGAAGAGUCAGAAGAAGAAGAAGAUUCAGAAGAUGAAAGAGUUAAAGAAGAAAACCGAGCUAAGGUUGAAAAAGAAUUAGAGAAAUUAAGAAAGAAGAAAGAGCAAGAUCGUAAAUUCAAGAAUGAAAUGAAGAUUUUAUCUAAAAAUAAUGAAGUUAAACAAUCUUCAAAAGCUAAAGAAUCUUUUAGAUCCCAAGUUAAUAAAUUGAAUAAAGUCUCAAAACCAUCAACAAAUAAUGAUUCUAAAUUACAACGACAUGCUAGAGGUGAAGCUGAGUUGACAUUUGUUCCAAAAAAGAAAGAAAGAACUUAUAAACCAAAGCAUAAUGAUGAUGAUGAUGAGGAGGAUGAAGGAAAGAAAAAAGAUAGUGGUAGAACUAAACAAAGAUUUGAAGGACGUAGAAUGGCUUCAAGAAAUAAGUUUAGAGGUAUGUAA